GAGAAAGCCAGAGAAGAGAAGACGAAAAAGGAGGAGGAGAAACCAAAAGAGGAGGUCAAGGUGAAAGAGGAGGUCAAGGUGAAAGAGGAGGUCAAGGUGAAAGACAAGGAGGAGGAAAAGACAGGAGAGAAGCAAAGAAAAGAGGAGGUAAAGGGGAAGAAAAAGAAGAAAGGAAAGAAGGAGGUGAAGGGGCCGAGUGAGGAGCAGGUCAAAGCUCCCAUCGCAGCUCCAGAGCCCGAGCUCAGAACUGAGCCCGACGCCGAACAGGCUCCAGAUCAGCACUCGAUAAGCAGCGCAGAGAACCAGCAGGAGCAAAAGGAAGAAGCUGCCAUAAAGAAGGAGCCUGAAGUUGUGGAGGAAGUGAAGGAGGAGGACACGGAGAAAAAAGAGGAAGAACCCGCAGAACCGGAGAUAGAAGCCAAAGGAGAGGAGAAGGCGAAGGAGAAGCCGAAGGAAAAGCCGAAGGAGAAGACAAGGGAGAAGAUAAAGGAAAAGGCAAAGGAGAAGACAAAGGUGGAGGAGAAGACAAAGGUGGAGGAGAAGACAAAGGUGGAGGAGAAGAAGGAGAAGCCUGUAAAAGAGAAGAAGACAAAGGAAGAAGAGGCUCAAGGCCCCAAACGUCUGAAAACCAUGCAAUGCAAAGUCACCUUACUGGACGACACUCAGUUUGAGUGCGAGCUUGAUAAACAUGCUAAAGCCCAAGAACUUCUUACAAAGGUGUGCGACCAUGUCAACCUGCUGGAGAGGGACUACUUUGGCCUCGCCAACUGGGAAAACCCAACCACCUGUACAUGGAUGGAGUCUACCAAAGAGAUCCGGAAACAGGUUCCAGGUGCUGUGUAUGAGUUUACAUUCAGCGUCAAGUUCUACCCUCAUGAUCCAGCCCAGCUUACCGAAGACCUCACCAGGUACUUUUUGUGUGUCCAGCUGAGGAAGGACAUCAUGCGAGGUGUUCUUCCCUGUUCCUUUGUCACACUGUCCAUGCUGGGCUCCUACACAGCCCAGUCAGAGCUCGGAGAGUAUGACCCAGAGCUCCAUGGAGUGCAUUAUGUAAGUGAUCUGAGCCUGGCCCCCGGACAGAGCAAAGAGCUGGAGGAUAAGGUGAUGGAGCUGCACCGCACAUACAGGGCAAUGACCCCAGCCCAGGCAGACUUGAUGUUUCUGGAAAAUGCCAAGAAACUCGCCAUGUACGGAGUUGACCUGCACCAAGCUAAGGAUCUCGAUGGCGUCGACAUCACGCUCGGGGUUUGCUCUAGUGGUCUGAUGGUGUACAAGGACAAGCUGAGGAUUAACCGUUUCCCUUGGCCCAAAGUUCUCAAGAUCUCUUACAAACGCAGCAGCUUCUUUAUCAAAAUCAGGCCAUCAGAGCAAGAGCAGUAUGAAAGCACAAUUGGCUUUAAACUGCCCAACUACAAAGCCUCUAAGAAGCUGUGGAAAGUUUGCGUUGAAAACCAUACCUUCUUCAGAGUUCCAACAGUGGAGCCGCCCGCAUCGCGCCGCUUCCUCGUCUUGGGCUCUAAGUUCCGGUACAGCGGGCGCACUCAGGCCCAGACCCGCCAGGCCAGCUCCUUGAUCGACCGCCCAGCCCCUCGCUUCACACGCUCGGCGAGCAAGAGGCUCUCCCGUAACCUGGAUGGAGCUGGAGAUGAAACUCUCCAGCUCCUGCAAGACCUCUCAGCCUCCACCAGGUCUGAGGUGGAUGAUUGGUUGCUGAUGCUGACAUCUGACAAACCCCAGCCUUCUCCUGAACUCCCAGCCAGAGGGGAGUCUGAGCAGAUUUCCGUUCAGGAGCAGGGGCAGUCUGUUCACACAGUCUCAUGGCAGGGCACUGGGACUGGGCAGACUGGCUCUCAGACCAUCACCCAGACAGUCAGUCAGCCAGGGCAGGAGCUGACGUCUGACGAGCAACAGCAGAGGGGAAAAGAGGACGAGUGGUCUGCCCUGCUCGGGCGAUAUCCGCCUUUUCCCUUUAUCUCACCUUUUGAUUUUGCAAAACAGCCAGUCUCACGCCAAGCUCAGUUCCAGCUCCUGGAGGAGGAGGAGGAGGAGGAGGAGGAGGAGCAGGGCUUGCGAAUGGCGGAUCAAGAACUGACCAGUGAGGAGGUCUUUGAGAGUCUGCGGGAAACCGAGAUCUUGUUAGACGAGCUGCAAAUGGCAGAUGUUUUGGAAUGGAAGCUGAGGGAAGUUAGGGGUUUAGAGGAAAGACUGCAAGAAAUGGAUGAGGUGGCAGAGCGACUUCAGGAAGUAAUAGAAGAGGAACUGGGAAAGGAAGAGGUAGAAAUGUUAAGAGAGGGAGAUUUGGAUCAGGAAAACGGAAUACAGGUUGAACGCAUAAUAGAAAGUGUUUUGAGGAAAUCUGUGAAGUCAAUGGAGACAAAAGAUGAUGAAGUGGAUGAAUUGGAAGAGCAGAUAAAGCAGGUGUUUUUAAAAGGCAUUUUGCCUGAAGAGGAAGAGUCCCAGAUAAAGCAGGAGAGUGAAAAAGAGAUGACGGGAGAGGGUCCGUCUGAUGAUAGCUUGAGAGAAGAGCUGUGCCAGAUAGAAAAUAAAUGGCAGGACGAGAUGGAGGAGAAGUUGAAGGCCGGAUCUCCAGACGUCACUUCGGUAGUAACAUACCGGAAAGUGGAGCGUAGGAUUAAGAAGAGAGUGACUAUUGUAGAAGAUAGAGGGCAGAUGCAGGAAGAAAUUGAAGAUGUGCUUGCACUGCGUGGUUUAAUAUCAGAGGAAACGCUAGGAAAAGACGGGACAUGGCGUAAGACGGUCAUACUGGAAGCCAAAACUGAGGGAGAAGUUCUAGAGAGGCUUCAGGCUGACAGUCCUUCUCAGAGCGCAGAUGGAGAUGAAUGGUUCAUACCUUUUGACCGACUUCUGUACAAAGCUGUUUCCAAACCACCAGUCACUCCCGUGGACCGUGCUCAGGUGGAUGAAGGUGAAUAUUUCCCUUCAGAGACUGUUGUUACGACAGUUAAGCAGAAAACUGAGAUCAUAGUCGCUGAGAGACAGACAAGUGAAGAGGAAAUAAGGCGUAUACCAGAGAUCCCCCCACCACAGACAGUCACUGAAAGAGAUGAUGACUGGCUUUUGAUGUUGGAUGUUGUUCCCAGGGAAACACUCUAUGUUCCACCAGAAACCAAAGGAAGAGACCACAUGGGCGCAGAAAGUUCUGUCUAUUUGGGUGGAACUGCGACUUGUGAGGAGAUUAGAGAAGUUGUUUCUGAGGGGGAAAAGAUAAUAGAAGUGGCGCCAAGACUUCAAGAUAUCCCACAACAUCCAGUAAUAGCCAGAGAUGAUGCCUGGUUUGUGUUUCUGGAUGUUGCUUCCAGAGAAUCCACAUAUGUACCACCAGUUACAUUGAAGGGAAGAGACCAGAUGGGUCCAGAGAGUUUGGUCUCUCUGGGAGGAACUGCAGUCAAGGAGGAGAUUAGAGAAGUCGUUUCUGAAGAGAGAAAGAUAAUAGAGGAGGUACCAAGACAUCCACAAGAAAUCCCACAACAGCCCGAGACACACAGAGAAGAUGACUGGUUUGUGUUGCUGAAAGUUGUUCCCAGAGAAACAUCAUAUGUUCCACCAGUUGCUGUUGCAGAAGUUGUUAAAGUGUCCCCAGAACAACGUGUCGCUCUGGUUAAAAUAACAGCUAUUGAGCGGAGUGAGAAAAAAGUUGUGGGAGAAGAAAUAAAACAAGUGUUUGCAGAAAAGCAAGUAGUAGCACUCCCACAGGCUGUGAGAGAAGUAGAAGAUGACUGGUUUGUGCUGCUGGAUGUUGCCGCUAGAGAAACAUCAUAUUAUCACAUACCAGUUACCAUGGCCGUUCACGUUUAUACUGAAGACAGACUUUCUACUGUGGCUGAAACAAUAACAGUAGAGUCCAGGAAGGAGGUCUUUGUUAAAGAGACUGUGAUGCAGUGGGAGGACAGAGGACAGCAGGAAGUGUCCGGGCCACUCAGAGAAAGAGAUGAUGACUGGUGGAUCCUGCUGGAUGGUGUUCCCAGAGAAAGUGCCUAUGUACCUCCAGUUUCUCUGGUAGCACCAAGCUACAUUGAUCCCAGUGUUCAACCUCAACAAGUCCAAGUGAUAAGGGUAGAGCAGAAGUUGCAGCAGGUUGAUCUUGAACCGAUUAGACUGCAGCCUUCCCGACCUCAGACGGAGAGAGAUGAUGGCUGGUUUGCACUGUUUGAUGCUGUCCAUGAAAAGACAGUCAUACUACCAUCAGUUGCUCCCGUUGAGAUUAUUCCGGAUAUGAGGAGGGCGUUUGAGACCGAGGUGUCUACCACAGAGACUGGAACAUGGAAGAAGAUGAUAAUUGGUGUGGACAGCAGGCAAGAUGAGACACAUCUGUCUGAAAUUAGAUCGAGCCGAGUUGCACUGCCGUCAGAGAGGGAAGGAGGAGAUGAUUGGUUUGGUUUGUUCGACAUCAUCCACGGAAAGCCUGUUGUCAUACCACCAGUUGCUGUGGUUGAGCGUGUUGUCCAAGUAGUGGCAGCCAUUGACCAAAAACCAAAAUAUCUCAUGGAAGACGUGAGGCCCCCCGUGAAGUUUGUGGAGGUUAAGACGUCACAUCCAAGACGGAUUGAUGAUGAUUGGUUUGUGCAGCUAGAUGUAGCAGCAAAAGAACCAGUGACUGUGGACAAACAUUUCCACACACAUCCUGAAGUAAGACCAGCUAAAGAGUAUGCAGCCAUAGAGAAGAGAGCGCAGAAGAGCGUUACGAUAGUGGAGCAGAAGUGGCAGCUGGAGGAUGUGCUGCAGCAGAAACCGAGUGCAGCAGUGAGAGAGGUUGAAGAUGAUUGGUUUAUCCUUCUGGAUGUGGCCAAGAAGAAAUCAGCUGCUGUCCCUGAGCGCUUCCAGCUCCCAGCAAAUGUGAAAGUUCCAACUGCUGCUGGGGCCGAAACAAAGAUUGUGAUAUCCGAGAGGAGACCACAGUUUGAGCAACGGGUCCUGGAGGAAAGGCGUCCUCACACACAAACACAUGUCCACCAUGAUUGGUUUGUUCUACUAGAUGUUGGCCUCAGAGAGUCAGUGGUGGUCCCACAGAGGGGCGUCCGUCCCGUCAGUGCUCCGGUCUUCUCCCAGGCCGCUCUGGCCGAGGCAGGGAUCCCCUUUGCCAUCCCGGAGCAGCCGCAGACCUCCACUCCACUGAAGACCAGCCUCAAGGAGGAAAGAAAGCUGGAGGUCACUAUAGAGGCGGUGGAGCCCUCAAAAAUCGAGGCUGUGGUCAAGCCAGCAGCGUGGAGGGACCAGAGAGAAGUAGACUCUUCACUGAUGGCAACCCUCAAUGGGGACAUUCAGCACGAGUCUGAGGAGACGAGCACGGAGGUGGUGCGAAUGCGAAAGAAAAGAGCUAAGAGAAAUGAGGGUGACUCGAUUUAUAUCAGACAUAGCCUUUUAAUGUUGGAGGAGUUUGAUAAGCCUCAGGAGGACCUGAUCAAGCAUCAUGCCAGCAUCAGUGAGCUGAAGAGGACCUUCAUGGCCUCCGCCCCGGAGAGCAGGCCCAGUGAGUGGGACAAGCGUCUGUCCACACACUCUCCGUUCCGCACCCUGGGGGUCAACGGCCAGCCCGGUGCAGAUGGGAGCGUGUGCAUUAGUCUCCUUUGCAAUGGUUCAGAGACAAAGACGGCAAACGAGGAAACCAGCAGCAGUUUGGGCUUUUCAGGCAUAUCAAGUCCUACUGUGAGCCACAUGAGUGAGCCUGAUAGUGUCGAAGCCCGCGGCGUUCCAGUUGAGGAGUCACAUGAUAAGGAAGUGGUUGUAGUUUUUGAAACCUCCUUGGUGCCCAUCAUAGAGGGGGAGAUGGCGCAGCUGCCUCCCUCCUUCGACCCCUGCUGUAAAGCUUUAGAAAGGAUCCUGGAGGAGGAAGGAUCAUGUCCAGAAGUGUCGGAGAGCUCUGGAAAGAUAGUCGGACGUUCCCCAGCUUCCUGUUUCAGGAGCGAUGGUCCGCAGGUCGUACGCUGCUUCCAGCCCCCUCUGGUGCAGACCCAGACAGUCACCAUCACAGCUGUCUCCAACUCCUCCGCCCCUGGCAUCUCCACCACAGAGGUCCCUCUCGUCCAGACCAAGAGCUUCAUCUAUGACUCAUCAAAGGAGACAGUUGGGACGGACGAAGAAAAAGAUGGCUCAACUAUGACCACCUCUCAGACCGUUACCUCGGAGACCAGCAGCGGCACCACGGUCACCACCACUCACAUCUCAAAGGUAGUGAAAAGUGGAUCUUCAGAGACUCGGGUGGAGAAGAGAAUCGUCAUAACUGCAGAGUCUGACUUUGACCAAGAUAUGGAGAGAGACGGCGGAGCAUCAGCAUUGUAAUUGAAUCACCACCUGCAUUUAUCCUUUGACUCUUCACCUCAGACACACACCGACUACCUGCGCACACAUAUCCCAGGACAAUAUCUCAUAAAUAUUCUACCUACCUUUAUAGAUGAAUGAGUAGAUCCUCUUUGUUUUUCCAGUUAUAUGUAGUGGGGGGGCUGCACAGUGCUCAAGUUAGAUGGCUUAUCUCAUACUGGUGUUAAAAAGCUUACUAUACAAUCUUUUAUUGGUUAAAAAAACAUCAUUUUCAGUCGAGUGAUCCCAGUUAUGUUUGCUUUUAAAUGCUUUUAUUUUCCUAGUGGUUUUUACAUUUUUUGGUUUUAUACAAAUGCACUGUUUCAAUUCUAGUUUAGACACCAUUAUCAGCAUUUAUUCCCUUGGUGAUGCUAGGGGAACGUUAAGACUACAUUCAAGGGAAUUAUUUUUGUUUACAUGUCUAUUUAAUUCAAGAGAAAGAAUUGUUUAAAACAAAAUGACGUACCUCGCAUCAAUAAGUGAGCAAAGACAUUCUGUGCUUAAAUGUGGACAGUUGUUCGCUGCUCAGUUACAAAAACAAAAAGUCAAAAGCAAGUUCUUCCCUAACCAGCCAAGAACCAGCAGCCUACACAUUAUUGUAAAGUUUUAAUCAAAAAAUGGAUCUAUUUUCAAAUAUUUCUCUAUUUUAUAGAAUUAAUGCUUUUAUAGAAUUUGUACACAUUUGAGGUUUUUAAGUUAUUCAUCCAUCUGCUCGUGGAAUUGCAGGUUACCAUUGUGCUGUUUACUGAACUUUGAGGUCUCUACUAAAGACCUGUCUUGCCUGAAUCAUUCUUAUUCGUUUCCUCUUGUAGUCCACCAAGUUUAUCAAACCUUUAACAAUAAGACAAGGGAGUGCUUCCCUCAGCCCUUUGUUUUGUUCAGUAGUAGAAAGUCAUAUUUCUUUUAAUAUAUUUGGUUGAUAAGAAAAGUUUUACAAGCUUUGGUCUGUUAAUCUCAGGUUUUGAUAUUCUUUGUAAGACUACAGACCUCCAUAUGAUUGUACGAGGAAUGUCCAUAUAUGUAUAAACAUCCCUACUUUAAAUGUACAUUGAUGUUCAGCCAAGUGAGGUCAAUACAUGCAAAGCUGGUUUGUCCCAGUAACCACGCGAGAGGUGCAGGCAGCUGUCCCAGUAUAUAUGUGGCUUUUCUCUCAUAGGAGCACAAAUUGUCUUUUUUACAUGUUCUACUAUACAGUAAUUUAUUUGUAAAGUAGGAACUGUUGUGUGAUUUGAUGUACUGUGAUGUUUCAACACAAGCUGUUUUCCAGGCUUUCACUAGAGAUGUCACAAUGUUAAAUAUUGCAUUAAUUAUCAACCAAGUUUGUAAAGCCUUUUUACCACAUAGUCUAAGUAGAUUGCUCACACUUGCUGUUUCUUGUGCUUUUUCAUAGAAGAGAAAAUGCUUAAAAUAUAUGAAUCCCUUUUUAGAUAGCAUGUUUGUUAGCCAUUUCUUUUUUCUACCCAAAAAUAAGCCAUUGGUAUUGUAGCUACAUGGACAACAGAAACCUCUCCUGGAAGAAAAUGUAGAAUUUCACAUGAAGAAAAUAGUUGUUGCUUUGUGACUUAUCCCUGUCUUUUUAUGAAAUAAUAAAAUAUGCAUAAUUUUG